AGUUCAGGGGUGGAAGUUAACCCUUUAGAGACUGAGGUCCGGCCGGGACGCUUCAGAACCGUGGCGCGCGGCUCCUUCCCGGCUCUGCUUGCGGCCCCAGGGCACUCUGGCUCGUUCUCCCGGCCUCAGUUCCCACCCCCCCGGUCUCAACGACCGAGCUCUCCGGCCCCUCGUUUCCCGUCUCGUCCCCCUGAGCUGAACGGCCGGCAGCUCCAGGCCUCGUCCAGGGCGGGCACUAGUUCCCCGAAAGCGGAAGUCCCGGAGCCUCAGUUUCCCCACUCGUAGGCUGCCACUCGCCUCCCACGGGAGGCAGCCUCGGGCCUCCGUCUUCCGAGUGGUCCGGGAGGGCUGAGUCCCCCCGCUCCCCGCCCGCCCCCAGGCUGGGGCUCCUCCCCUUCGGGGCGGAGCCGUGUCACGUGCCGGGAAGAAAGGGCCCGCGGCGCGCGGGGCGCACGGGGCGCGCGGGGCGCUCGGGGCGCGGGGCGGCGCGGCCAUGGCAGCUCCGGAGCCGCUGUCCCCGGCGGGCGGCGCCGGCGAGGAGGCGCCGGACGAGGAUGAGGACGAGGCGGAGGCCGAGGACCCUGAGCGCCCGGCUGGUGCGGGCGGCGCGCGUAGCGGAGGCGGCAGCGGUGUCGGCGGCGGCGGCGGCGGCGGCGGCGGAGGAGGAGGAGGCGGCUGCGGGGUCGGGGCCGGGGCGGGGGGCUGCGGCGGGCCGGGGGGUGCGCUCACCCGGCGUGCGGUCACGCUGAGGGUGCUCCUCAAAGAUGCGCUGCUGGAGCCGGGCGCCGGGGUGCUGUCCAUCUACUAUCUGGGGAAGAAGUUCCUGGGAGACCUGCAGCCGGACGGCAGGAUUGUGUGGCAGGAAACUGGGCAGGUAUUCAACUCUCCCAGUGCCUGGGCAACCCACUGCAAAAAGCUGGUGAACCCAGCCAAGAAGUCCGGGUGCGGCUGGGCUUCUGUCAAGUACAAGGGCCAGAAACUGGACAAGUACAAGGCAGCCUGGCUCCGGCGACACCAGCUCCACAUUCCCACGGCUGCUGCCGAUGAGAGCCCGGCCAGUGAAGGGGAGGAGGAGGAGCUGUUGAUGGAGGAAGAUGAGGAGGAGGUUCUGGCGGGGGUCUCGACGGAGGACAAGAGUCGGAGACCACCUGGGAAGGGACCCUUGGAGCCUCCCCACCCAGAGGCCGUGCCCCCCGGGAAGCGGGUGGAAAACAAGAUCCGGGUGCCCGUGCGCUACUGUAUGUUGGGCAGUCGCGACUCUGCCAGGAACCCCCACACGCUGGUGGAAGUUACGCCCUUCGCUGCCAUCAGCAAGUUCCAGCCGUUCAACGUGGCCGUCUCCAGCAACGUGCUGUUCCUGCUGGACUUCCACAGCCACCUGACUCGCAGCGAGGUCGUGGGGUACCUGGGGGGCCGCUGGGACAUCAACAGCCAGAUGCUCACGGUGCUGAGAGCCUUCCCUUGUCGCAGCCGCCUGGGGGACGCGGAUAUGGCCGCCGCCAUGGAAGAGGAGAUCUAUCAGAGCCUGCUCCUGCGGGGCAUGUCCCUGGUGGGCUGGUACCACAGCCACCCGCACAGCCCUGCGCUGCCGUCGCUGCAGGACAUAGACUCGCAGAUGGACUACCAGCUGCGCCUGCAGGGCUCCAGCAACGGCUUCCAGCCCUGCCUCGCCCUGCUCUGCUCACCUUACUACUCUGGCAAUCCUGGCCCUGAGUCCAAGAUCUCGCCGUUCUGGGUGAUGCCGCCCCCUGAGCAAAGGCCCAGUGACUACGGCAUCCCCAUGGAUGUGGAGAUGGCCUACGUCCAGGACAACUUCCUGACUAAUGACAUCUUGCAUGAGAUGAUGCUGCUGGUGGAGUUCUACAAGGGCGCCCCGGACCUCGUGAAGUUCCAGGAGCCCUGGAGCCCGGAGCACACGUACCUGGACAAGCUGAAGAUGUCCCUGGCCAGCAGGACACCCAAGGACCAGGGCCUGUGCCAUGUACUGGAGCAGGUCUACAGCCUUCUUAAACAAGGAAGCUGAGGCACCGCCUCCGAGGUCGUCCUCCGAACCCCCAGUGGUUCCGGCUGAGGGGGAAUGGGUCGGGGGCUUUGUUGUGGUGCAGCAAUAAAGGGGAGAAACAAAGA